AUGGAGGCACUGCGGCUCAAGAUGGUCUUCGUCGUUAGCAGCAGAGUGCAGCCGAAGAUUACAGCGCAGGAAGUGGCUGUGCUCACGGCGUCGGCGGGCGUACAGCUAGUCGAGCUGCUUCAGCAGGGGGCUAGGCUGAGCGCAGCUGUGGGUGCGCCCGCAUCCGAGUCUCCCUGUGCGGCAGACUCACAGGAUCAUCAGCGCUGGCGCCAUUGGUACCUGUGGUGGAACCGUAUUGGCUGCGGCAAGAUUACGCUAAGGUGCCCUGACAAGGACACGAUGGAGCUCAUCGUGGCUACGGCACAGAAACAUCGACUGCCAAUGACGAUGGCCCGGCGUUCAGAGAUGACUGCCGACGGCGGUGUGCCGGCUGAAAUAGUGGCAAAACCCUCCGACGUUGUUGUUGUGGCGCUGGGCCCAGCCCCGUCGAAUGUACUCGAACCGAUCACGGGCUCGUUGAAGCUCUUCUCGUAA